UAACCUUUACAAUGAUUCAGUGAGAGCUGAGGAGACCCUCCACCCCUGCCCCCGUCCUCAGGCUCCUCUCACCCCUCCCAGGUCACACACCACAACACUCACACCUCUCUCCGACCACUGGCAGAGACUCGAGAAACAAGGUCACAGAAGGAUUUCUCUGACUACAUAACCCAGCGCGCAGCUCCUGGCAGGAGAAGGUAGAAUGCCCUCUGGAGGGUUUCAGCCCAUUGCGGGCGGACAGCAGAUUGUCCGAGCAGGUGUCACAAAGACUCUGGUUCUGUCGGUCUUCACCGCAGUCUUGGGAUCAUUCCAGUUUGGAUAUAACAUCGGAGUCAUCAACGCGCCUCAGAGGAUCAUUGAACAGAGUUAUAAUGAGUCCUACAUUAGUCGACAUGCUCCUGAGUCUCAAUCAAUCGAUGCUGGACUUCUGCGGACUCUGUGGUCUCUGUCCGUGGCCAUCUUCUCCAUUGGUGGGAUGGUGUCUUCUCUGUGUGUAGGAGUCGUAUCUCAGUGGCUUGGACG